AUGUGCAAGGCCGGCUUCGCCGGAGACGACGCUCCCCGCGCCGUCUUUCCCUCAAUCGUUGGUCGACCUCGCCAUCAGGGAGUGAUGGUCGGUAUGGGUCAGAAAGACAGCUACGUGGGUGACGAAGCCCAGAGCAAAAGAGGUAUUCUGACAUUGAAAUAUCCGAUCGAGCACGGUAUCAUCACCAACUGGGAUGACAUGGAGAAGAUCUGGCAUCACACUUUCUACAACGAAUUGCGUGUCGCUCCAGAGGAACAUCCUGUCCUCCUCACCGAAGCGCCCCUCAACCCGAAAGCUAAUCGCGAAAAGAUGACGCAGAUCAUGUUCGAAACUUUCAACAGCCCGGCCAUGUACGUCGCCAUCCAGGCCGUCCUUUCCCUGUACGCUUCCGGUCGUACCACCGGUAUCGUC